AUGCAAUCCCUUCGAUCCCCAUCACUCCGAGCCUCGCCAGUCAACCCACUUCGCAAACAGUCUCCAAACAUAACCACCACCGCCAGUACCACCAGGAGAGUUUCAUUCAUCUCAGCCUCAACCCAACCCAUCACAACCUCACCUCCCAAACGCGAAAAAGACUCCAAAAAACGGGUGGUCAUCACCGGCAUGGGCGUUGUAUCGGUGUUUGGCAACGACGUUGACACUUACUACGAUAAACUACUCAGCGGCCAAAGUGGUAUUUCACCCAUUGAUCGAUUCGAUGCGUCUGAGUAUCCUACCAGAGUUGCUGGGCAGAUUCGUGGGUUCAGCUCGGAUGGAUACAUAAAUGGGAAAAACGAUAGGAGGCUUGAUGAUAGUUUGAGGUAUUGCAUUGUUGCUGGUAAGAAAGCGCUCGAGGAUGCCGAUCUCGGUGCCGAAAAAAUUUCCAAGAUUGCUAAGGAUCGAGUUGGGGUUCUUGCUGGGACAGGGAUGGGUGGUCUUAAAGUUUAUUCUGAGGGUCGUGACACUCUCAAAGAAAGGUGUCAUAGGAAAAUGACGCCAUUUUAUGUACCUUAUACUAUAACAAAUACGGGUUCUGCCUUGCUUGCAAUUGAUCUCGGUUUUAUGGGACCAAACUAUUCAAUGUCAACUGCUUGUGCUACCGCCAACAAUUGCUUCUAUGCUGCUGCCAAUCACAUCCGUCAAGGUGAAGCCGAUGUGAUGAUUGCUGGUGGAACUGAAGCUGCCAUCCUUCCUAUUGGAUUGGGAGGUUUUGUUGCAUGCAGAGCUUUGUCUCAGAAAUGA